AUGGAGACUCUCCGGGGCACCCUCUCCAGCCCGACGGGUCAUCUCGACGCCCACCGCCGCGCGACGGCCAGACCUACUCCGUACCAGGCGCGCCCCGAACUCUACGGUGCCUUUUCUGCCGUCGAUUCCGCCAAGGACAAGACGCGGAAGCUCGCCAGGGAAGCCAGCGGCCGCGCCGCCGAGCCCGACAAGAUCGAGCUCUACUCUCGCAAGUACUAUGCCGCCUGUUCCUUUGGCGGACUCCUCGCCUGCGGUCUCACGCACACCAUGGUCACCCCGCUCGACCUCGUCAAGACCCGGCGACAGGUCGACCCGAAGCUCUACACAAGCAACUUCCAGGCCUGGGGUAGCAUCUACCGCGCCGAGGGCCUGCGCGGCAUCUUCACGGGAUGGAGUCCCACCUUUUUCGGCUAUAGCGCCCAGGGAGCCUUCAAGUACGGCUGGUACGAGUACUUCAAGAAGACCUACUCCGACAUGGCCGGCCCCGAGGCGGCCAACAAGUACAAGACGGGACUCUACCUGGCGGCCUCGGCCUCGGCCGAAUUCCUCGCCGACAUUGCGCUGUGUCCCUUCGAGGCCGUCAAGGUCCGGAUGCAGGGGUCCAUGCCCAACCCGUACGCCGGCACCUUUCACGGCAUCAAGUCCGUCACCGGCAAGGAGGGCUGGGCUGGUCUGUACAAGGGAUUGUACCCGCUCUGGGGCCGUCAGAUUCCCUACACGAUGAUGAAGUUUGCCUCGUUCGAGACCAUUGUCGAGAUGAUCUAUGACAGGCUGCCCGGUGAGAAGAGCGACUACGGCAAGGCGGCCCAAACCGGAGUUUCCUUUACCGGCGGCUACCUGGCCGGAAUUCUGUGUGCCAUCGUCUCCCAUCCUGCCGAUGUCAUGGUUAGCAAGCUCAACGCCUCGCGCGAGCCCGGCGAGGCCUUUGGCGCCGCCGUCGGACGCAUCUACAAGGACAUUGGAUUCUCCGGACUCUGGAAUGGGUUGCCGGUACGAAUCGUCAUGAUUGGCACCCUGACCGGUCUGCAGUGGAUGAUUUAUGAUUACUUCAAGAUUGUUAUGGGUUUCCCGACGACAGGAGGCGCUCCACCGCCGCCCGCGAAGUAG